GUGGGCCUCCCCACAGGCAAGGCGGCUCCCUCCCCCGGCCGCAUUUGGGGGAAAGCACAGGCCUCCCACCUCCCUCUCUCGGCCUCUGUGGCGCGUCCCUUCCUCGUGGAAGGGGAGAAGAAGAGGAAGAGAGGACAGCUCCGAAAGGCCAGGCGCGCCGGUGAUUAUGCCCUCCCGCUGCAACAGACACUCACAAUGAGAGGGGACGUGCUGUUCCUCACUGCGCUCCAUGCCACGCUCCUUGCUUCAGCACAAGUUGCAGCUCAGAAAAGGGGGAGAUCAAUAUGCACCAAUGUUUAUUUGGCUGACAUCGUAUUCCUGGUGGAUGGAUCCUCUAGCAUUGGAAGAGCAAACUUCCGCAUGGUCCGGUCCUUCAUGGAAGGGCUGGUUGUUCCGUUUGUCAAUGUGGUGGGUGAGAACAGAGUGCGUUUUGGAGCUGUGCAGUACAGUGAUGACCCCAGGACGGAGUUCACAUUCUCCGACUUCCUCAAUGGGACAGAUGUGAUGAGAGCUGUUCGAGAGAUGGCCUACAAGGGUGGAAAUACACGUACUGGUGCAGGCCUCCGUUUUGUGGCAGACAACUUCUUUGGAUCCAAUCAGCUGAGACCAGAGGUUCCAAAGAUAUGUAUCCUCAUAACAGAUGGAAAGUCUCAGGAUGAAGUUGACCAGGCAGCAUUGAAGCUGAAGAAUCAAGGGAUUAAAGUCUUUGCUGUGGGCAUCAAGAAUGCAGACCGCAAGGAGAUUGACAGAGUUGCCUCCACACCCACGGAAGAUUAUUCCUUCUAUGUCAAUGAUUUUAAAAUCCUGUCCACUCUGCUGCCAUUGGUGUCCCGGAAGGUGUGUUCCAGCACAGGGGGCAUACUACAGAUUCCAGGCACACAGGCGUAUGUUGGCCCUUCCAACCUGGUCUUUUUGGAUCAGCGCCCUGACAUGCUGAGAAUCCGCUGGACUGCGGCCGGGGGCCCUGUCACAGGCUACAAGGUGCAGUACGUCCCUCUCACGGGCCUGGGGCAAGAAGUCACGGCCGAGAGGCAGGAGAUUAGUUUGGGACCUGAUGAGACUAGUACUGUGCUCAGUGGUUUGAGAGCAGGGACAGAUUACCAGGUCACUGUUAUUGCCCAGUAUACCAACAUCAUUGGAGAAUCAGUUACUAGGAAAGGACGCACACAGGUGCUAUCUGGAGUGACAAAUUUUCGAGUGUUAGAAGCAGGACCAUCCUUCCUUCGACUCUCUUGGGCAGGUGAUCUGGGCGCCAUACAGGGCUACAGGCUCACAUAUGCAGCAAGAGGUGAAGCUCAAGCAGAAGAGGUGAAUCUUGGGGCAAGAGUUACAUCAUUCUUGCUCAGCAACCUUCGCCCGAACACUGACUAUGUGAUCACUCUCUAUCCCAUCUCCCCACGUCAGACGGUAGCACCUGCUGUAGUGAGUGGCCGAACAUUGGGUCUGACAGGGGUACAACAACUGUCUGCCCAGAACAUCUCCUCCCAGGGCAUGCUGGUGACCUGGCGGGGUGUGAGUGGAGCAACAGGAUACCGUAUUACCUGGGGACUCCUCUCAGGUCAGGAUAUUCAAACAGCUGACGUGGACCCUAGCAAAAAUUCUUACUUAUUGACUGGACUGCAGCCCAACACUGAUUACCUGGUGACUGUUGCUCCACUCUACGGACAAGUAGAAGGGCCGAAAGCUUCCAUUAGAAGGAGAACUGAAAUAGUCCAAACUUUAAGAACAGUCACUAUUGACCCAACAUCAAUUCAGGUGGCCUGGAAUAUCAUCCCUAAUGCCCGCGGCUAUCGGCUGGAGUGGAAAAAAGCAACAGGUGUGGAGCCCCCCAAGACUGUGUCCCUUCCUACCAAUGAGAACAGCUAUACUCUGACAGGCCUGCAGCCAGGCACUGAAUAUUACAUCACUCUCUAUACCUUGUAUGAUGGCAAGGAAGUGGCCACUCCAGUUACCAUCUCACAGACUGAGGUGGCCACUGUGGGCAGUGUCUCUGACUUAAGGAUCCUUGAGACCUCAGGAAACAGAGUCCAGUUGGCAUGGACGGGUGUUCAAGGAGCCACAGGGUAUAAGAUUGUGCUACGCAAUACCCAGGAUGGCACGGAGAAGGUUCGACGUAUCCCAGGCUCCCAGACAACUGAGGACCUAUUUGAUCUGAGAGAAGAUGUCUCCUAUGUGGUGCGUGUGUCAGCUCUUAUUGGAAGUCGUGAGGGCAGUGCUGUUCCUCUCACCAUCCGAAUCCGCCCAUCCAUCAUAGGCAGUGUGUCUAACUUGCGCAUGGUGCCAGGGGGACCAGGUCGUGUCCGACUGCUGUGGACCCCCAUUCCCAGGGCCACUGGUUACAGACUAGUGAUUGUCAACACUCAGGAUGGCUCUGAGACGAUCAGACAAAUCUCUGGUGACCAAAAUUCUUUGGAACUGCAAGAUCUGAAGGAUGGUAUUGUUUACUUGAUACGAAUGACAACACUAUCGGGCAGCCAAGAGAGCACCCCUGCCACCAUCCGUUUCCAAGUGGAGCCUCCAUCUGUGGGCACCAUCACUAGUGUGGAGGCAACUGCAGUGGGACCCAAUCAAUUGCGAGUGACAUGGAAUCCAGUUCCCGGAGCAACAGGCUAUAAAGUGACAUGGCGAACAAGAGAUGGUCAAGAGAUCUUUCGAGUCCGCCCUGCUGAUGCAAACUCCUACACUAUUGAGGGCCUGAUGCCUGGGAUGGUGUAUAUUGUUGGGGUCUCAGCCUUGGUUGGCAGCAGAGAAGGAAAUCCAGUCACCACCACAGCUGCAACAGCUCCUUCUCAAGUUGGCAUGGUCACCAGCCUUAGAGUCCUUGAGUCCCAAAACAACGUGGUACGAGUCACGUGGGUCGGUGUGCCUGGAGUUACAGCAUACAGAGUGGUUUGGAGCCGGCGUGAUGGUGGACCUGAAAACAGCCAGAUGGUCUCAGGAAACACAAAUUCUUUUGACCUUGUGAACCUAGAAGGAGGAGUUAGUUACACAGUGAAGGUCACAGCAUUGAUUGGCAACCGUGAAGGGGAUCCUGUCUCCAUCAUUGUCACGACACCAACAGUCCCAGUUCAGCCAGUUGGGAAUCUACGUGUGACUGACUCCUCAGAAAGGCGUAUCCGCGUAGUAUGGAGCCCAGCACCUGGUAGCACAGGCUAUCGGCUCACCUGGAGGCUAGCCGGUGGUGGACCAGAGAGCAGCCAGCUGCUGCCAGCCAACAUCAACACCUAUGACAUUGAAGACUUGCAGCCGGGAGGGCGAUACGAAAUCCGCAUCACCAGCUUGACAGGAAACAGGGAGAGUGAAGCUGUGGCUAUUGUUGCCAACACAGCUGCCACAGGACGUGUAUCCAAUUUCAGGGUGACAGACACCCAAAAGGACUCUGUGACCUUGUCUUGGACUCCAGUUCCUGGGGUCUCUGGCUAUCUCCUCACAUGGAAGUCUCUAAGAGAUGGAAGAGAGACACAAAGGACACUGCCAGGGACAGCAACAUCCCACCAAGUAUCUGGGCUGCGUCUGGGUGAGAGAUACACCUUUACUAUCCGCCCGCUGUUUGGGAGUGUUACAGGUGCUGAGGCUUCUAUUACUGACCGCACAGUUUGCCGAGAUGGCCGCAGUGACAUUGUUUUUCUUGUACAUGCAACUCGAGACAAUGCCUACAAUGCAGAGGCUGUGCGAAGUUUCCUCUCCAACACUGUCUCUGCAAUGGGCCAACUGGGCUCUGGGGGCAACAAGGUAGGCAUUGUGCUUUACAGCAACAGAGCCCUCCCACUUCUUCUGCUCAACCGCUCUAGCGACUUAGAAACUGUCCUGCAGAAUAUCCGCUCUUUCCGCUAUGAGGAACCAAGUGGCAAUAAUGUUGGAGCUGCCAUUACUUUUGCCAGGAACUACAUGCUGAGUGCCAGUGCAGGACACAGGCCUGGUGUACCAGGAACACUGGUGAUAUUGGCAGAUGGGCCAUCUGGUGAUGAUGCCAUUGGACCAGCCAGAGAAAUUAAGGCAGCUGGGAUCCAGGUGCUGGCAGUGGGCAUGGAUGGGGCCAAUCGUGAGCAACUGCGCCGCCUGGUAACCAAUGAAGAUCCACGCAAUGUUUUCUUUGUGAGAGACUCAAGGAGUUUGCCAGAGGUGGAAGAGGGACUUGCCAGUGCCCUCUGCAGGUUAUCUGGCACCGAAGGGCCUAGACCAGAGCCAUGUGUAGUGCAGUGUCCAAGGGGUGAGAAAGGCGAGCCUGGAGAGCCUGGGCAGAGAGGACUCCCAGGGCUUUCUGGCUCUCCUGGAAAUCCGGGACGCAAUGGGCUCCCCGGUCCUCCAGGCCCAGUGGGACCUCGUGGGCCUCCUGGAGAGCUCACUGAUGGGCGGGCUGAGAAGGGAGAAAGAGGAUUACCAGGAGCAAAUGGCUUACCAGGGAAUCCUGGCCGAACUGGUCCUCCUGGUCCUCCUGGGCAACCUGGUGACCCUGGCCUUCCUGGUCUCAGAGGAAUCCAGGGAGAGCGUGGAUUAAUUGGCCCAAUUGGUCCAAGGGGAGAGAAGGGUGAACCGGGGGAUCCUGGAGAGAUUGUUGGUGGAGGAGAUGGGAUUCCUGGCCGGAAGGGAGAGCCUGGCAACCCAGGAAACCCUGGACCUCCUGGAAAUCCAGGGCCUAGGGGACCAUUUGGUGAUUCUGGCCCUCCUGGACCUGUGGGACCCCCUGGGGCAAGAGGACCUCCUGGCGAGUUUGUCAAGGGCGAGAAGGGCGACCGAGGUGAGCGAGGCCCUCCUGGACCAGGUGAUGGGUCUGCAGCCGGAGGAGAACCAGGCCUCCCAGGUGUGCCAGGAGAUCCUGGGCCCAGAGGACCAGUUGGUCCACCAGGACCAAAAGGUGACAAGGGUGAUGGAGAAGAAGGUUUUCCUGGACCACCUGGACGUACUGGAGACCCAGGAGAUCGGGGCCCUAGAGGACCUCCAGGUGAACAAGGAAGCAAGGGAGACCGUGGGCAGCCUGGUGAAGUUGGGCCAUCAGGAGAGAAGGGAGAGCGUGGAUCACCUGGACCUGAAGGAGAGAAGGGAGAACAAGGACCUGCAGGUCGCACUGGUCCAGCAGGCAGAGAUGCCUUGCCAGGACCACCUGGGCCUCGAGGGGAAAGGGGAGAGCAAGGAGAGCCUGGUGUACCUGGUAAACCAGCUACCAGUCUUUCGGGAAUCAAAGGAGACAAGGGGGAAAGGGGCUCUGAAGGACCAGAGGGGCCACCUGGGCCAAGAGGGGACACUGGAAACAAAGGAGAACGUGGACCUCCAGGACUCAGUGCACCUGGUCCACCUGGUCCAAAAGGAGAACAAGGAGACAGGGGCAUUGUUGGACUAACUGGCAAAGCUGGCCCAAAGGGUGACCCAGGAGACCCUGGGGAGAGGGGAGAGCCAGGAAGACCAGGCCCUACAGGACAGACUGGCCCACGAGGAAAAGAUGGGGAAAGAGGUGACAAGGGAGAUGAAGGGACUCCAGGAGAACCAGGUCCAAUUGGCAAACCAGGAGAGAGAGGACUACGGGGUCUACCAGGGAACCGAGGGCCCCUUGGUGAGAAGGGGGACCAAGGGGACCCAGGUGAAGAUGGGAGAAAUGGCAGUCCUGGAGCAACAGGACCAAAAGGAGAUCGAGGAGAACCUGGACUACCAGGACCCCCAGGCCAGGGAGUUGGCGUGGGAGCUGUAGGAGGAGGGCAAAAAGGCGAGAAGGGGGAGGUAGGAGACCCUGGAGAGGAUGGGAUGAAAGGUGUGAAAGGAGAGGCCGGUUUACCUGGGCUGACAGGAGAACGGGGAAUUGAAGGUUCCAGAGGUCUCCCUGGAGUUCGUGGUGACACUGGAGAUCGAGGCCCAGUAGGAGAGAAGGGUGACCGAGGCCCUCCAGGUUUAGAUGGACGGAAUGGGCUAGAUGGCAAGCCUGGGCAAACGGGUCCUGCAGGCCAAAGGGGUGACCAAGGGAAGCAGGGUGACCCUGGCCGAGAUGGUCUCCCAGGUCUACGUGGUGAGCAGGGUCCUCCUGGAGCAGUUGGCCCACCGGGACCACCAGGUCUACCUGGAAAGGCUGGCGAUGAUGGUAAACCAGGUCUGAAUGGGAAGAAUGGUGAAGAUGGAACACCUGGUGAAGACGGGAGGAAGGGGGACAGAGGUGAACCUGGAACACCUGGAAGAGAUGGACGGGAAGGUAUUAAAGGAGAGCGAGGGACUAGUGGGCCCCCUGGUCCUCCCGGACCCCCUGGUGCCCCUGGUGCCCCUGGAGUCGUUGGUCCACCAGGACAGAGUUUGCCAGGCCUCCCUGGGACACCUGGACCAAAGGGAGACAGAGGGGAUUCUGGAGCCAGAGGAGAGAAAGGGCUAAUGGGUGAACCUGGGCCACGAGGAGACCCUGGCACAGCACAGAAUGUUGAACGUGCCCUAGAGACCUAUGGUAUCAAGAUUUCCUCACUGCGUGAGAUCACUGGUGCUUAUGAUGGGAGCUCUGACCAAUUGCUCCCUGAUCGCCGGAAAGGCUUGAAGGGUGACAGAGGAGAUCCAGGUGAUAGAGGACCACCGGGCAAAGAUGGGCUCAUUGGCUUCCCUGGAGAAAGGGGGGCCAAGGGAGAGAAGGGAGACCAAGGCCAACCAGGCCCCCAAGGCCCAACGGGACGUGCCAUUGGAGAAAGAGGACCAGAAGGACCAUCUGGUCAACCAGGGGAGCCUGGGAAACCAGGAAUUCCAGGUGUGCCAGGCCGUGCAGGUGAACUUGGAGAAGCUGGCAGGCCUGGAGAGAAGGGUGAUCGGGGUGAAAAGGGUGCACAAGGGGAACCGGGCAGAGAUGGCCUCACUGGGCCACCAGGACCCCCAGGACCCAAGGUAGAUAUGAUGGAUGGAAGCACCUCAGGCUUUCCAGGGGAACGUGGUCCACCAGGACCCAGAGGAAGCAAGGGAGAGCCAGGCGAAGAUGGCGAGAAAGGCUCUAGAGGCGAUAAGGGUGAAACUGGGCAGAAGGGAGAAAGAGGUGAAGCUGGUGAGAGAGGCAGGGAUGGCUCUCCAGGCCUUCCAGGAGAGAGAGGCCUUGCAGGCCCAGAAGGGAAAGCAGGCUUGCCAGGCUUCCCUGGAGUUCUGGGCAGACCGGGUAACCAAGGAGAUCCUGGACCAUCAGGCCCUGCUGGUCCUGUUGGCCCUCCAGGCACUCAAGGUCUCCCCGGGAUAAAGGGAGAUGUUGGAGAACCUGGUUCCGGCAUACGGGGCUUGCCAGGCCCUCCAGGAACUAUUGGGUUCCCAGGACCACAAGGACCUCCUGGAAUUGUGGGUCCACAAGGACCUCCGGGGUUACCAGGACAAGUGGGUGAGCCUGGGAAACCAGGUGUACCGGGCAGAGAUGGAACGGUAGGGAAAGAUGGUGAAGCUGGACUGCCUGGAAAAAUGGGUAUUCAGGGGCUUGUAGGACCUGCUGGUGCCAAAGGAGAGCCUGGGGAUGCUGGGCCUCCAGGACAGAGUGUUGCUGGGCCUCCAGGAAUAAAAGGCGAGAAGGGUACACCAGGUGAUUUUGAUGGGGAAAUUUUUGGAAAACCGGGUGUCAAAGGUGACCGAGGUCUACCAGGCCCUCGAGGAGAGAAGGGGGACCCAGGCAGUGAGGGGGAACCUGGCGACCCUGGAGAAGAUGGAGCUAAAGGAUCUCCUGGGAUCAAAGGAGAAAAGGGUUCAGUUGGGGUUGGCCUUCAAGGACCACCAGGUCAGACUGGACCUCCAGGCUUGAAGGGAGAUCCUGGAUUACCUGGUCCACCAGGACCCCCAGGUUUGCGAGGUGAGGCUGGAAUUCCAGGCCAGCCAGGCCUGAGAGGAGAGAAUGGGCUGAGUGGUCAGACAGGACCUCCAGGGGAGAGGGGUCUUAUUGGCUUUCCUGGGAGAGAUGGCACUGCAGGAUCUCCAGGGCCCCCUGGGCCACCAGGACCAGGAGGUGCACAAGGCAUUGCAGGAGUGAAAGGUGACAAGGGGGAUACAGGCAUUGGACUACCCGGUGCUAGAGGGGAGCGAGGAGAUCCAGGGCCACGGGGUGAAGAUGGGCGCCCAGGGCUGGAGGGAGACCGUGGUCCUGCAGGGCCUCCAGGAAACAGAGGGGAGAGAGGUGAUAAAGGAGAUGCUGGGCCUAUGGGGCUAAAGGGAGACAAAGGUGAUACUGCCAUUGUGGAAGGCCCACCAGGUGCUCGGGGAAACAAAGGAGAGCCAGGAGACCGUGGCCUUAAAGGGAUGGAAGGGGACAAAGGGGACAAAGGAGACCAGGGUGUCCCUGGAGAGAAGGGAGCAAGAGGUGAACAGGGAGAAAAAGGUUCAACAGGAUUUCCAGGUGCACGAGGUCCUGGCGGGCAGAAGGGAGAAGUUGGUGCAUCUGGGGAGCCAGGAGAGCCGGGUCAACCUGGGAAGGAUGGUUUUCCAGGAACCAGAGGGGAAAAAGGAGAGACGGGAUCCUUUGGAAUGCGAGGCCCAAAGGGAGAAAGGGGAAUGAAAGGGGCCUGUGGCCAGGAUGGAGAUAAAGGUGAAAAGGGAGAGCCAGGUCUGCCAGGCCGAAUGGGAACUGCUGGAAGGAAAGGAGACGCUGGGGAGAUGGGCAUGCCUGGAUCCCCAGGAAUCCCUGGGAAAGAAGGUCUCAUAGGACCCAAGGGUGACAGAGGAUUUGAUGGCCAGCAAGGAGCCAAAGGAGACCAAGGAGAAAAAGGGGACAGGGGUGCUCCAGGCAUUAUUGGCUCUCCAGGACCAAGAGGAAAUGAUGGACCUCCUGGGCCUAUUGGGGCUCCUGGCAGCAUUGGACCAAAAGGCCCAGAAGGCAUGCAGGGGCAGAAAGGGGAAAGAGGGCCCCCAGGAGAGUCAGUGGCAGGACCACGAGGAGUUCCAGGUAUAGCAGGAGAAAGAGGAGAACAGGGAAGCCCAGGGCUUGAUGGCCCCAGAGGAGAGAAAGGAGAGCCUAGCAUGACGGAAGAAGAGAUCCGACUGUAUGUCAGGCAGGAGAUGAGUCAGCACUGUGCUUGUGGAGGCCAGUUCUCCCCUCCCGAACGACGUCUUGUACCCAACUAUCCAUCCACCCAAACGCUCCCGUCUGUUAAUGCUGUUAAUGCUCAAAUAGUCCCUGUGCUUAAGUUGUCCCAUACUGAGGAAGAGGAAGGGGGCCAGGUGCAAAAAAUAAUGGAGACAGGUGAGCCUGAGUAUGAGUACUUCUAUGCAGAGGAGGAGGAGGACUACAACCAGGGCCUGGGAGCAGAUGGGACAGAGAGUCCUAUGCUGAGGGAUGAAGUAAUGAGCCCAAAGGCAGCUCCCAAGCAUGGACGGCAAAAGAGAGCUCCUCCUGAGGAAGGCAAUCUAUGUGCCUUGCCCUUGGAGGAAGGAGACUGCAGCAAAUACACACUGAAGUGGUACUAUAACCAAAGAGUAUCAGAGUGUCGACCCUUCAUCUACAGUGGUUGCAAGGGAAAUCGCAACCGCUUCAACUCCAAGGAAGAUUGUGAGCUUCAGUGCAAGCCACACAGAGAUGCGGGUGAAAGAACAUAGGAUAGGAACAGAAGUGUAUAGACUCUGUAAGGGAUUUCGUUUUUGGGAGAACUGGAGAAGUAACCAAAAGAAGAGACCCAGUCUUUGUGGCUCCCUCCCAACCCAUUCUUAGCCUGCACAAGGUUUUAAGAGACAUAUAUACACUCACACACAAAGCAUUCAAUCUGAGGCUUACUUUGCUGCCAUUUCUAUGCCCUGCAGCACAGUUGUGUGUUCUUGUAUGUGUGUAAGUGGACUGCUUCAACUGGAGCAGAGAAAUGGUGCUAUUCUUUUUAUUAAAAAAGUAUUUUUUGUUGCUCUUGAAUUUAUUUCUUAAAUUAAGGUGAAAUUUUUAUCAAAUGGGAUACAUAGCAUAACCUCUUUUAUAUAUGAUAUAAAAAGACAUAUUUUUAAUUAGAGCUCUCUUAACUUAUUGAUGAUAGCUGACUGAUGACACAUGGAAUGUAUUCUAGCCAGACCAAACUGAUUUUAUUUGUAACUUGCUUUAAUUUGGGUUUAUAGGACUGCCAGGUUUUCCUCUGAGAGUGGAUUAGUAGGAAACCUGUCUGACGUUUUCUGGGGAGCCAGAAUACUCUUCAAUUAAUGAGCAAUAACAUACAGAACAAUCCUAUGUUUCACUGCCAAAGUUAGAAUUCAGUGUUUUAUAUAGCUAUUGUUGUCAAAGUUAUCAGCUUAUUUCUGUGGCUAUAAACCCAACCAUCCCUUUAUUUUGUAGUUUUACACUUUUUAUUAAGUGAGGCUCAAGGAGUGCCGGGCUGCCCGUCUGUCGGGAAUGAGAAUUUCUCACUUGGAAAGAACUAAUCAGAUAAAAGUUUUCAGUGGUGCUUGUUAAGAACAUCUCCCCCCCCCCCCCCCAAAAAAAAA